AUGGUGCCUAACCGAGGCACGUGUCUCUACAAAGAGGCGCGACUGAACGUCGAGCCCGCCUUUCCUGGCUCAACCAUCGCAUUCGCCAUCCCUGCAUACUCUCCUUUUGGCGGGCGCCCCAGCACCAAGCGCACCGUCAUUUCGGAGCAGUAUGCUGACAAGGACGAAGAUGCCUUCACCCGGCGCCAUCUGGCGACAGAUGGGUCCAUGUGCUUUCGGCGCCAUCAUGGCUAUCCGCGAAGCUUUCUAUGGCGCGUCUUGGACCACCGAAAGAUGCUGGAAAUACAGGCCACAGAUCUAGACCACGACCUUGCCGACAAGCUCGAAGCGAACCUCACUCUUCUUUUUCAGUUGCCCGCGCCGAUUCGACCCUUCUGCGUCGCCUUUGCAGAGCCAACCGACCGCGAUGCGCUGAUCGUCUUCGCAAUCACCACGGCCAACGAGCUCUACGCAAUUACGCUACAUCGCGACUUCUUCUCCACAGCCGCGGCUUCAGAGCAGGACCCAGAGACGUGGUGCAAGAGGUUCGAGCCAGCCCUCUUCAGCGGGCGCAUACCCUAUCGGCUUGUCGCUGAGAGUGCAGAUGAGCUCCUAGUCACUCUCGACGACGGAGCCAUCUGCCGCCUAGUGUGGGACAAGGCCAACAACGCUUGGGACGGAUCGCGGUAUCAACAAAACAACUGGUCAGUGCGUGGCUUGCUAUCGUGGAAAGCGCAACCAACUGUCCGGUUCGAGAAUGCAGACUUGGCCACAUCGGCCGCCGCCGCCGUCGCUGUGUCGCCUGACCAGAAGCACAUUCUUUCCGUAUGCUUGGAUCACUCGAUAAGGGCAUGGAACAUUGCAUCAGGCAAGCCGGGCGCCCACAUCGAUCUCUUGGGUGCAGAUGACAUGGCAGUGGAAAAGUCGCACACCUCAUACUCUAUCGGACCUGCGCAAUCAAUGCUCAUGGAGGUAGUGGACGUAAUUGGCGGAGUUGGAGGUGCGAGCUACCACGUGGUCACAUACUCGCCAAAGCAACACCAGUUCAAAUUUUGGGGGGUGAGGGAUGCAGACGACACCGAGUUUGGCUUUUACGAUGUUGCACAGGAUUCGGACUUCAUUCCACCCAUCGACGAACUCAUGAACACGACUGUUUGGACACUAGAAGAAUUCCACGUCAUUCCAGGGCCUACUGGAUGGAGAGGCUCGGAAAUAUGGAUCCGCGCAAGGUCUGGGCCGAGCAGCAAAGUGUAUUCUCUCAAGUUUGAUCUUACCGACCUUCCAGAGUCACGGACGCAAGCCUGGAAAAGUGACUGGGUCUGCGUGGAUUCCGGGCCAUUGACCGUCGAGGCUCUAAGGUCUCACCCUGCCAACCCGAGCGAGCGGGAAGAGGCCAUUGACCAAGACGAUCUGGGCUCCACGGAGCAGUGGCUGGACUUUUUAUUCUACCCGGGAAGGUUCACCACCGCAACCCUGGAAACAUCACUGUACAUCUACAAGAGAGGGCUGGACCAAGCCCGAUUGAGCCGAUCAUCCAGAGGCUCCCUCAAGGAGCGUAUAUACGCUGCCGUCACGGCACUUGCUGUCAAUGGCAACCGCGCGCCCGACGAGCUCGAGGAUGCAAUGGCAAUGCAAUGGCAAGCGUACUAUAGCCUAGUGAAGGACUUGCACAAGCGGAGGGGAGAGUCGCUAUCGCUGGUGUACGACCGGGCAGCCGGCAGACCAUGGCUUGUUUUGAGCGAUUACAUAUCUGCAAUACGGAGUUGCAGCGAGGCAGAAAUCACCAAGCUAAAUGCGGCCGUCAUCUCUAGUCCGCGCACCCUAAGCAAAACACUCCGCAGAACCUUGGAUACCUCCGAGUCACGGGACGUGGCACGGUUGCUUAAUGCUGCAGCGUCCUUCAGACAGCGGCUGCCACCGUUUGUGCAGCACGAGGUCCAAAGACAUUUGGAGAUGGACAUACUCCAAAGCCGCAACAUCACCAUCUUGGAUCGCAUGGAGUGGAUCGAGGCCAACAGCGAACUCUCACAGCAGGUGUCUGAUGAAGACGUGACGCUCCUUGUCGAAGAGCUCGGCAUGGAAGUCAAGGAUCUCGGCACCGAGACGUUUCUGAGGGCCAUUAAAAUCUUAGGCUACGAGGAGGACGGCAAGGCCCAGCCGAGGAAGCAGGUUGCACGGUACGGGUUGAGCGCAUUGACGAGAGUGUCCCAAGAGACUCUAGAGGGCGACCGCGAUGUCUUGCUCGAUCUGCUUGUUCUGCUGUUGUUCAUGUUCAUUGAGCUAGAAGGCGAAACGCUCGAGGACUUUGAUGCAUCUGAAGUUUUUGCCGAGCUGAUCCUUCGGUACAAGGACUGCAUGGUAGUCUCGUGGCUGGCUGGCACGGUUUGGGCUCACCAAAGCGCGACGGGGCCAGCGUCAGAGAACACAAACCGCGCCCUGAGCGAGACAUGGAAGACGGGCAAGAAGCUACCCAUAACGCAAACGGUGCUUGAGGGAGCGUAUGGCCAUCGUACCUUUGAGGUACGGCUGCCGAAAGAUUUAAAGGCGGAUCUGCUUACCAAGUGGACUCGAGGGUGGCUGACGUCCAUCUUUGAGGAACACGAGUAUGAAAACGUCGUGGAGGAUAUCAUGGGCAUCCUGCUGGCACAAAGAGAGUAUGAUCUCGCCCUGGACUUUUCCAAGUUCCUCAUUGAAGGGUACUGGGCAUCUUAUAUGAGGGGCCGGCUGUACAUUGCACUGGGCGACAAUGCAACAGCAUCGAUGUGCUUCCAGAAGCCGGCAUACACUUUGGCUCUCGGCGCCAUGUUUGAUGUCGCAGAACAAGAUACAAUGGGGAUUGUAUCCGAGGUAGAGCGGAACUCGUUCUCUGAAGGCCUUGCCCAUUACUACAACCACGUUGUCGGUCUGUUUGAAAGAGCCAAGGCGUACUCGUACGUCGCCGACUUUGCUAAGCUCGGACUCCGGUCCUUGGUGGGCCAGGAAGAUGAAGAGCUGAAAACAGAACUGCUUCAACGGCUCUUCACUGCGUCGAUACAGACGUCGAGGUUCCAUGAUGCAUACACGGCCAUGAUUCGACAUGGCGAUGCUGCUUUGAGAAACUCGGACCUGCAGACGCUCAUUACCUCCAUGGUCGCACAGUCACGCACCACGGAGCUGCUCCAGUUCCCAUUUGUCGGACUGGCAGAUUCUGUCGACAACGUGCUGGCGUCUCUCUGUCAGAAGACCUUGAACAUGGCCUCUGGGCCUCCGUACCAUCAGAUUCUCUACUCUUUCCGCAUCUCGCGCAACAACUUCCGCGGUGCCGCGUCAAUCCUACACGAGCGGCUGCAGCGGCUCAAGACGACCUCGUCCAAGGUGCACGACCCGGCCGACGAAUCUCUCGCACAGUGCUACCUGAUGAUGAUCAACACACUGUCGUCGGUCAGCAAAGAAGACGCGUAUAUCCUAGCGGAGCAGCGGAUCGAAGGAAGCGGGGGCCCGCCGCAGUGGGGCAUUGGCCAGGGCAAGAAGCUGCUCAAGCGGCAGAUCAUCACGCUCGACACUCUGAGGAAGGAGUACCAGGCUGAGCUGGACCGGGUGGCGGCGAUUGAGAGCGGCCAGUUUCCGUUUGUGGAUGCGGGCGACGACAUGGACAUCUUGUAG